UUAGAUGUAUAUGUAGGCGUUACCUUUUAGUUAUUAGUGGUUAUUAAUGAUAAAAUGGCGGAUGACAAGUCUGGAUUUCUCAAAGGAGUUCCACUCCAUCCUUUCCCCUUGCAUUAUUCUUCAGUCAAGAUAUACAGACAUGAUGUCCUUGGAAGAGGUUCCUACGGCUACGUCUGUCGUGCCAAAGCAGAUCAAUUGGAUUGUGCAGCAAAAAUGAUCAACCCGAUAUUCUUUGAGAUUGGAGGUAGUCCCGGGAGAGAAGAGCUCGAGAAUCCAGAGAGGGCAAUCACGGGUCGGUUCCUGGCUGAAUGUGAGCUCCUCCGCUCUCUCCCUUCUCACCCAAACAUUGUCCAGUUCAUUGGAGUAUGCAGGAUAGCUGAAGAGAUGAGAGGAGGAGAAUAUGGUCCCGUACUGCUAACUGAACUUAUGAGUACCACUCUCUGGGAUUAUGUAUCUUCCAAGUCACGUGAUUUCACCCCCAAAUCACGUGAUAGAGCCCCCAUACGUCCUGACUACAUACCUCGUACCACUCAAGUAAAGAUAAUGAAGGACAUAGCUGUCGCUCUCUCUUUUCUGCACGACAGGGACAUUCUCCACAGGGACCUCUCCAGCAAGAACGUUCUCAUGAAAGAUGACGCUCCUAAAAUCAGCGACUUAGGAAUGGCUAAACUGAGAGAUGUUACGAAAAGUCUCACAACCUGUCCAGGAACCCCUAUAUUCAUGGCCCCCGAGGCCCUCUUAAAUAAUCCGGCCUAUUCGACAAAAUUGGACAUAUUCUCCUGGGGGGUCAUAUCUCUGCAGGUCAUGAGUGGGCAGGAACCAGACCCUCUGUCUCCUUUUGUAGCGGAAGUGGAUUCAGAUGGACGGGAGCUAAGGAUACCUGUCACAGAAACCGAGAGAUGGAAAGACACUAUAAAAGCUAUAGACCCAGGCCAUCCCUUGUUGUCCCUGGCUCUAGAGGCAAUAAAGAAUCGGCCGGAGAACAGACCAACUGCCAAUGACUUGUGUUCAAAGAUUGAAAAUAUUUUGCAUAAUUUGACAAGACGGCAGGAGAACUUUUAUAAAGAAGAGAGAGGAGAGAAGAAAGAGAAGAGAAAGGAAGAGGGUGAUGUUAAAAGUGUAGGUCCUUGUUUGCUUUAUUCCGCUGCAUCUUCUAGUAGCGACAGAAUUAAUAGUGAUAUUGAAACCAGCCCUCCUUCUACCCCGUCCACCCUCUCUCCUCCAUUAUCUUCUCCUGAUUCUCGGUCUAUUCUCUUCAGCGACACUUUCAAUUGGACGUCUAUUAAAGACUCUGCCCCUUGUCAUUUUAUGGGCGGGUCCGUAACGACCCUUGCUGGUAAGGUAUAUGCUUCAAGGCCUCAUUCUAGUAUUAUUCAUGAAUAUGAUCCAGAGACACUUACGUGGUCUGUCCUACCUUCUCUUUGUCCGGUGGAAAACUUUACUCUUGUGUCUCACAUUGGUAAAGUCCUUGCAGUGGGUGGAGUCAAAGGUGUGGCUUAUAGCGGGGAGCACCGGAAGGUUUCUAAUGCAGUGUAUGCGUGUGACGUUCUCUCAUCAAAUCUCUCGUGGACUGAUACUCUUAUUAGUUCCAUGUAUUACCCUCGCUCCUUGCCAGCUGCUCUCUCUUCAAAGACGUAUCUUGUUGUGGCAGGUGGCCUUGACGACAAGAGCUCCCCUGUCUCUCAUGUAGAGAUACACAAUGGCUCUUACUGGUACACAAGCAGUAGCUUACCUGUGCCUUUUUCAACACUCUCUGCUGUCAUAGAUAAUAAUGAUAUCAUAUACAUCACUGGAGAAGUAAAAGGAAAGGGUUCAGUUCUUUGCAGUGCUGCUCUGAGCCGUCUUUAUGGACAAAGCUCCAGCUAUUACAAGCCAUUGUUCAGCGUCUGGCAGAAAAUGGAGUCUCCUUUAUCAGGAGGUUCACUUGUUGUAGUGAGGGGGGAUCUCUUUCUUAUUGGUGGUUACGAUGCCUCUCAUUCUAACGGGUACCCACAGUAUAAUGGGAACAUUUACCAGCUCAAGAGAAAGGAGAAGAAGUUCAGCAUUGAAGAGGGGCCCGAGGCUAGAGGCCGUUGCCUAGCGACGCAGUUGCCUAGCAACAGAGGUGUGAUGGUUUUUGGAGGAAAUGGUCAAAAGAGCAUUAACAUUGGACAAAGAUAGUGCUAUAAGUGUAGAGUGUGUGAUAAACUCCUGUAUGUGUUAUAUAAAGAAUAUAAUUGUUUUUUAUGUGCAAUUUUGAUAGUUGAUGAUGAAUAAUUCAAUGUAACUCAGUGUUGAUGAUAUUCAUUGCCCACUAUUCAAACAAUGUCUUUGUUAUGUAAUGAA